UAAUCAGGUAUAUGGCAGAUAGUGAAAGUUAGGUCUCGGGUUUUGAUGACAGGUUGGUACUUUUGAAAUGUUAUCUGUAAAACCGUGUUUAAAGUUCCUCCGUCCUUAGGGUUGACUCAGGACUAGUGACACGAGUCCUUCCUGACUUUUCAUGUGCUCUCCGUCCUGGUCUCCACAUCAGGAUGCGUCCCCUUUGGUGGAGCUGGUGAUGAAGUGUGCCCCGUCUUCCAUAGCCGGCAGCACAGUCAUUUAGGACCUGCCUUCGUGGAUACGCCCCUUCUGCUAGCUUCCCCAGUCCCACCUGUACAGGUGGGCUUCCUUCCUCCUCUUUAAGAGUUCAUAGUUUUUUCCUGUUUGAGGUGACACUGAUUACCUUUGAGUUCCCUUUAUUAUUUUUCUUUUCUCUCCCUAAUUGGUCAGAUUUCUAUUUCAAACCCACGUAGAGUAGAAGGUGAGUUCAUGGAUACAGGAGAAAAGUCUAACGCCUUAAGCACUCUUCCGGCCUCCCUGCAGAUAAGAACUUCAGGGUCAGCGUCCAGGGCUUCUUUCUGGUGCCUUUGGUAUUCAGCUUCUAAAGCUUCUCAUUUUUCCCUUCAAAUAGUCUGCUGGGUUUAAGACCUGCUCUGUGGUACUUUAAUGCCAUUUGUGUUGAAGACCCUCACAGUGUGGCAGCAUCUUAUCUCUGCAGUUUUUCCUGUGCCCAGAGGUCCUGGUUGACACCACUCAAAGUAGUUCUUUCCUCGUGUCUUUCACAUUUGUUUCUCUGCAUGUGGGCCUUUGGUUGUCCUACACUUUCCCAUUUAGACACCCUCCCCCUCUUCACUUUAAGCUCUUUUUCCACCUCCAGGGAGUGUUCCCUGACUCCCAGCCUUUUCUGAAAUCUCUACCCACUGAGCAGUAUUGUAGGAACCCAGGUGUGAUCACAUAUUAUCUGUAAUUCCUUAACCAAUUAGGUCUUCAGGUUUUUUCCCACAUAGAAAGAUGGUGAGUAACUUACUCUUCUCUGUUCUCUAUGGAAUUUAUGCUGUGUAAUUACUAAAUACUUUAUUAAUUGGUUGUGGUGAGGCCAGGUAAGGCAGGAACUUUCUUAUUUAUCAAAUAUUUCUUUAGUACAAAGGUUUUCGUCUAAGUAAGUGUUUCAGCUUACCUUAGGAAAUAUUUCAAAUUACAGAUGUCUAGGCACCAUUCACAUGGAUUAUUAGGACUGGGUAUGUGUAGUUCAGAAAAGCUGUCAAGAUAGACUUUAUGUUCCCCCGUUAAUUUAGAACCACUGCUAUUUUGUAGAAUGAGAGGAGUUGAGAUAAAAUAUGAGUCAUGAAAUAACCUUGCAGGACCAGAGAAUUUUAAUUUAGAAGAAAAUAUAAAAUUAAUUCAGUGUUUGAACCUGAAGCAUUUGUGUCAAAAUGCAAAGUUAAUUGUCAAGAUUAACUGUAUAGAAAGGAAUUGCUUUAGACGUUUAAUGACAAGUGAAGAGUAUUUAUCCUACAUGUAUUGAGGGCUAGUUAUGCGCUAUGUAGUGGGGGUACCUCAGUGAAAAACACAAACCUGUUCCCUGCCCUCAGGGUUUACAUUCUAGUGCGAGAGACAGAAGCAAGGUGAUUACCUAUUUGAUAAAUGCUGUGAAGGGAAUAAACAGGGUGUUUGUUAGUGUGCCCUUAAAAUUAUGUGAGCCAGGCAUGCUGGAAGCUGGGCAGGGAGAGCACAUGCAAAGGGCCUACAGCAGGAAAAGGCCUUUGGAGUCAGUGGGACGGGGAGGAGCCCAGUGUUGUGAGAGGGAGUGGGGGGCUGGAAGGAGCCGGCACGCAGGGGUGCGGAAGCCGUGAUAAACGUCUGGGUUUAUCAAAGGUUUCUAAGCAAAGGGUUAAAAGGCCUGAGUACAUUUUCUAAAUAUUACGUGUUGCUGUGUGGAGACUAGAGUUGGGAGGGAGCAACCCUAGAAGUGGGAAUAUCAAUUGAAAAUAGGGUGAAAUGAAGGCAGAAAGGACCGGAGUGUAAUGGAAACAGAGACGGGGAAACACACGUGUACCCGCACCUGAGGUGGCACCAGAGAAACCCAGUCCAGGUGUUUGCCAAAGUGACAAGACUUUUUUUAAAUUUCUUAAAGAUUUUUUGGUACAGUUUAACUUCAAUAUUGUUUUAUAUCAUUUAACUUAUUAAUUUGGAUAUAUAUCUUAGUCUUAUUUCCUGAUUUGAUUUGAAUUAAAAUUUGUAAUUUUUCUUUAACAUUUCCUAAAACAAUUUUUUAUAAACUAUUCAGGUGGAUCUCACACUUCUGUGUCUACAGACGACUUUGCUUUUAACCCCCUAACUUCUCUCUCUAGUCUUUAAAAUACCCAUGAAUAGCAUUAUCAUCCACACUCACUGAAGCUUGGAACGUUGAAUCUUUUGUUCUCCUCCGUAUCGGGCUCUAGUUGGUUCUUCCUCUGAAAUUCUGGUAUGUCUGAGAGUUAGAUAUGGCUUUUUCCCCCCCAAAAAAAUUAUCCUGCAGAAAAGGAGUGAUAGCUUUAUAUCUGAGAUCUUGCCAUAUCUUUCAUCUUGGGAGUAUUACCUCACAAUUCCUAGUAAAGAAUAUAGUGAACUAAACAAACCUUUAAAAGAUCGUUUUAAAAUACUCAAUAAAUGGUCAUAUUGUGGAGAUCACAAAUAAUUGUACUUACAGGGUAAAAAAAAAAUCUGUCCUAAUGUUAUGCAAAGAAUACUUGUGGUUUAGAAUAAUUUCCAUCAUAUACAGAUGCAAUAUAUAGAUGAUCGAUUCAACUAAAAUGUCAAAAACCUAAAUACAAGUGUUGAUGCUGAGCUCUGGAGAACUCUCGGAUAAUUCCAAAAAGUAACUCUCAUGAUGGUGAAAUGACUGAUAUCAGUGAUUCGGAAGAAGUCUGGCUAGAUAAUAAUCUCAAAAUGUGGCACCAGGAUAAUCAAGACAAGCUUAAAAGUAUGGAGAGAGGCCAUGAAUAUGACGUCUUUGGGAAAAUGUUUCAUUCAGGCAUUAACUUUGAUCAUUUAGGAAUGAGAUCCCAUAAAUGUGGCACAGGUGAAAAAAGUUUGAAACAUCCUUUUGAUUUUCUUAUUCCAAAAAGUAACUGUGAAAGAAAAAAACUUGAUGAGCUUAAUAAGAAAUUAUUAUUCUGUAUCAAGCCUGACAAAACCUGUGGUGGAAUAAAAUACUCUGAUUGCAGUAAAUGUAGAAAAGUCAGCAGUAAAGAGCCAGGGCUCAUUACAAACCAAAUAGCACAUACAGGAGUCUGUUUAUGCAUGGAAUGUGGUAAGGUUUUUAACAAAAAGUCACAGCUCAUUAUACAUCAGAGAACUCAUACAGGAGAGAAGCCCUACGGAUGCCGUGACUGUGGAAAAGCCUUCUCCCAGAAGUCAUUACUCACUAUUCAUCAAAGGACUCAUUCAGGAGAAAAGCCAUACGGGUGUGGUGAAUGUCAAAAAGCUUUCAGCAGGAAGUCACUGCUCGUUUUACAUCAGAGAACUCAUACGGGAGAGAAGCCCUAUGGCUGCAGUGACUGUGGGAAGUCCUUUAGCAGGAAGUCACAGCUUCAAAGACAUCAGAGAACCCACACAGUAGAGAAGCCCUAUGGCUGCAGUGACUGUGGGAAGGCCUUCUCCCAGAAAAUAAGGCUCAUUACUCAUCAGAGGACACACACAGGGGAGAAGCCCUACAAAUGUAAUGAUUGCGGAAAAGCCUUCUUUUGGAAGUCACAGCUUAUUACUCAUCAGAGGGUUCAUACAGGGAAGAAACCGUAUGCAUGUAGUGAGUGUAAAAAAGCCUUCAGCAGGAACUCACUCCUCAUUAGGCAUCAGAGGAUCCACACAGGAGAGAAGCCCUAUGAAUGCAGUGAAUGUGGUGAAGCCUUCAUCAGAAAACCGCAACUUGUCAAACAUCAAAUGACUCACACAGGAGAGAAGAACUAUCAGUGCAGGAACUGUGAAGAAGCCUUCUUUAAGAAGUCAGAACUAAUUAGACAUCAGAAAGCUCAUUUAGGAGAAAAACCCUAUGGAUGUGUUGAAUGUGGGAAAACCUUCUUUGGGAAGUCACAGCUCCUGACACAUCAGAGAACUCACACUGGAGAGAAACCUUACGAAUGUGGUGCCUGUGGGAAAGCCUUCACCCAAAAGUCCAGCCUGGUAUCUCAUCAGAGGACACACACAGGGGAGAAACCCUAUGAGUGCAGCGAGUGUGGGAAAGCCUUCAGUGAGAAGUCAAGCCUCAUUCACCAUCAGAGAACCCACACUGGAGAGAAACCCUUCGAAUGUAGUGAGUGUAGGAAAGCUUUUGCCUGGAAGCCACAGCUUCUUAGGCAUCAGAGAAUUCAUACAGGGGAGAAACCCUAUGAAUGCAGUGAGUGUGGGAAGGCAUUUGUUCAGAAAGUACAGCUCAUUAAGCAUCAGAGAAAUCAUACAGGAGAGAAGACCUAUGGAUGCAGUGAUUGUACAAAAGCUUUCUUUGAGAAGGCACAGCUCAUUAUACAUCAGAGGAUUCAUACAGGAGAGAGACCCUAUAAAUGUGGGGAAUGUGGGAAAUCUUUCACUAGAAAGUCGCACCUUAUGAGGCAUCAGAGGAUCCAUACAGGAGAUAAAUGCUAUAGAUGCAGUGAAUGUGGGACAGCCUUCCACAGGAAGGCACAGCUCCUGAUACAUCAGAGAAGUCAUAUGCUGUAGACAUGGGGCGAGUGCGGUGAGUAUGGGGAGUCUGCCAUCAGAUGUCAGGCCCCUCACACUCUGAGGACACGUACAGGAGAGAAACCCUGACACUGCAGUGACUGUCUCACCAUACAGAAUUCAGAAAGAGAACUUUUUUUUAAGUAGGCAAUAUAGGAAAACCUUCUCCCAGAAAACAAGACUUAUUACAUAUUGAUGGCUCCUCAGUGUGGAAGUCUUCUCAGUAUUGUGUUAAGUACAGACCUUUCAGUCAAAAGUGACAGCCUAUUAAAUAUUUAGAAGACCUAAACAGGAGAAAAACUCAAUUGUCAUAACAAGUAAGUGAAAGAUUUCACCGGGAAAGGGUAACUCAGAGUACACUAGAGAAUACAUGCACAAAGGAAAUACUGAGUAUUAUAUAUUAGAGGUCUCAUGCAGAGAAGUAGUCCUAAUAAUUUGAAGAAUUUGAUAAACAUGAUCCUAUUAAAAUAAUUCUAAAAGGAAGAUGUGUUCAUUGUAUAUAAAUUAUUAUGAGAAAAUAGGCAUUUUAAAGUGGUAGCUGUGUUUUAUGUGUGAAGACUUCUGCUUUCUGCUAUGGUGCUAUAGGAAGAACCAGAUAAACUCUCCUGCCUUAAGCAUCUAGAAACCGUACCAUUUAUGAAAUAGUGGUUUUUAGACAUAUGUCAAACACAGGUUUGUGAUCCCUGGCAGGAGGUGGACAAGGUGAGGAGAGCCCCACGACUGCCCAGCCUAGACCCUGGGGGUAGCGUCCAGGCUGCAGGUCAGGGAGGGGAAUGAAUGUGGUCCUGCUGGACUGAAGAGAGUUGCCGAGUUGGCGUCUGGGGAGCCCUGGUGGCUAGAAUUUGCAGGGAAAAGCUUCUGGAAGAAGCUUCCCAGAGAGGGCCUGCAGAAAUCCGCAGUGAGUCCCCCCUUGAGUCUGUGGGCUUUAGUGCUGAUUCACACAUGUGUGGAAGGAAGCUGAGACCAUGAGAGCGGCACUGGGGAGCAGUGAGCUGGGCAAGCCCUGGAACUCAGCACAGGCGGGGACGGUUCACGUUCCCACCAGCCACACGAAAUCACGUGGGCAUCAAGAGAGUUCCCAGAACAGUAUUGUCUUGAUGGGGAGGGUAACUAACCCUAGAUUAAAAGCUACUCUGGAUCCACAGUGACUGGCGUCCAAACACUUACCUGGCAUGCCAAGGGGCAGGAACAUAUGACUUGUAACCAGGAGGAAAAUCAGGCAGUAGAAAGAGAAAAGACUGAAGUGAUUGGAAUUAGUAGACAAGGAUGUUCAAAUAGCUAUUGUAAGUAUAAAGUAGAGGAAAACAUGAAUUUGACGAUACAUAAAGUGGAAGAUAUAUUUUUAAAAGCUCAAAUGGAACUUCUCAGGAUGAAAACAACAUCUGUAAAUUAAAAACAAAAAACUGGAUGGAAUUAAGAACAUAUUAGACAUAGAAGAAGGAAAACAAUCAAUGAAUUUGAACAGUAAGUAUAAAAAUUAUCCAGAUGAAUGAUACACACAGAGAGGAAAAGACUGGGGGGAAAGGAGAACAGGGAAUUAGUUACUGUGGUGUAACAUACAUGGAAUGGGAGGUCCAGAAAGAGAGGAGGGAGAAAAAGGAUUUGGAUAAACGAUGGCUGAAAAAUAUCCACAUGUGAUGAAAAGUAUAACUCCACAUAUUCAAUAAGCUCAAAGAACCCAACACGUAAGAAACAUAAAGAUACCAAUGGACAUCAUCGUCAAAUUGGUGAAAACCAGUGUUAAAGAGAACGAUUGUAAAACGCCUGGAGGAAAAGACACAACACGUUCACAGAACAAAGAAUAACAACAUACUUCUGGUCAGGAACUAUGCAAACUAGAAGACAGCAGAGUGACAUCAUUAAAUUAUGAAAGAUAAAAAAGAAACCCCUGCAACCUGGAGUUCGGUUGCCUGUCAAAAACAUCUUUCAAAAGUGAAAGCAAAAAAGACUUCAAAGAAACAAAAUCAGAGACAGUUCCUGCCUUAAGGAAACAUUGAGGGAUGUUUGGGGGCAGCAAGAAAAGAACACUCUGGAAAUGGUGAAUGUGUGGGUGAAUAUGAAAGUUUUUUUUCUCAUUUUAAAAUCUUUCAAAAAGGUAAUGGACUGCUUAAAACCAAAGUAAUGACAACAUACUUGGGGUUAUGAUCUAUUUAGAAGUAAAGUGUAUGACUACGAUAGCACUUAAGUGUGAAUCUUUAAAAAUAGUUGAACAGACUGUGUCGUCUGAGACAGGGGCUCGGGAUGACUUGUGUUUGUAGCAACUGCACGAUGGAAGCUGUCUGUGUUAUGGAUCUGUGCACGUCUCCACACCCAUUCUCCUUUUUCUGCUCUGCAUGCCCAGAGGGAGUGCACGACUGCUUCCUAGGGUUUCUGCUCAGGUUCACACAGGGAGGUAUGUGUCAGCCCUCCCUCCCUCCUGCUGGCCUACAGACACCCAGAUGGCUGCAGCUCCCUGCUCAUCAGAUGUAAGGGUGAUAACUGCUUCUGGGGGCUUCACCGUCCCUGGUUGGUUUUCUUAAUUGUGAACACAAAUCUGUAAAUAGUCCCUUUAUUAAAUGUUCUUGAGUUAAUAAUUUGAGUGUAACAUUUGUUUUCUGUGACGUGUUAAAUGAUGAACGGUUGACCAAAUUUUGAGUAUCAGUUACUGGUCCACGGGGCAAAGACUGACAUCUGUCAAGAUUUCUCACACUCAACAUCAGUGUUUUCUCUUUGUGUUUUAAUAAUUCAGUAGAAAUUAUAACAGAGUUCUUUGUGUUUUUUGUUUUGUUUUGCUGCAAACGUAAGUGGCUCUGGAGCUCAUUACCGUCUGCUCCAUAUGCUGGUGGUCUUGCAGUUAUUACUAGAGUUUCUUCACUGAUAGAAACCGAAAUGUUUAUGAGGUCUUUAUGCUGCCUCUGGGUUAGCUGAACGCCUUACAAGAAAGCGUUGUUAUUUAUGUUAAAUGUGUACAGACAAGAAAAAGGUAGCCCAUUACUGAAUGAAGAAAGAAAGGAAUGAUGUACUGUACUUCCCUGUACUCUCAGUUUAAAAACUUGUGCUGCGCAAUUAAAAUACUCUUAUUCAA